CUGCCCGGGGCGGGACGGGCCCGCCCAGCUCCCCGGCACGGAGCCGGGCUGAGCCGCCGGGCGGGUGAGGCUGCGGAAGCUGCGGCGGGGCGGGGAAGGAAGGAAGGAGAGGAAAGGCUGCAGGUGGCCCGGCCUGGCUCGUGAGGCACCUUGUCGUCUCCCCGCCCUGAAGUACACCUGGAGAACAAUGGAUCAGUGUUCUUUUGUCAGCAGAGUGGUGGGUGUUUGCAAGUUCCCACUCAUCAUCUUCUGCAAACUGAGUGAACCCACUUCUCGUGUUUCUCUGGUCCCUGAGAACUGUUCAGCAUCAUCCUUGGACUGUUAGAACUAAGCACAGGACUCCUGUGAGCUCUAAGGAAGUGGGAUGUGUCACGUUAGCCGUCAUGGAGCUGGGGAAGGCGAAGCUUCUGAGAACUGGCCUCAACGCCUUGUGCCAAGCAAUUCACCCGGUGCACGGGAUUGCCUGGACUGAUGGGAAGCAGGUGAUCCUGACCUCUUUACACCUCCAUCACGGGGAGCCCAAGUUCGGCGACUCGAGCGUCGUUGGUCAGUUUGAACACGUCCAUGGGCUCUACUGGGGCCCGUGUCCCCCGGAGGGGCCGGCGCUGCUCGCGGUCCAGCACAAGAAGCACAUCACCAUCUGGCAGCUCUGCUUCAGUGCUACUGAAAGAAACAAGCUCUUGGUCUCCCAGAUCUGCGAGGUCAGCGAGCCCUUCCCGGUGCUCCCCCAGGGCUGCGUGUGGCACCCCAGGAAGGAGAUCCUGGCUGUGCUGACGACACGGGACGCUUCUGUCCUGCACUCGGUUCACCUCAACAACUCCAGGAUCAAAGCAGACAUCAAGGGCAGUGGUCUCAUCCACUGUGCCUGUUGGACAAAGGAAGGCAGCCGCUUGGUAGUGGGGGUUGGCAGUGCCCUUCAUUCCUACAUUUGGGACGAUGCUCAGAAAACACUCAACGCCUGCUCUUUUUGCCCCAUCUUUGAUGUGGGAGGCUACAUCUGUGCCGUGGAAGCUACUCUGAAUUUCCAAGUUGCUGUGGCCACCGAGCUUCCUCUAGACAAGAUCUGUGGCUUAAACGCUGGCGUCGCCUUUGAAGUCCCAGCAGGCACAGAGACAGAGUCCUUGCUCUCACAGUCCAGCUUAUGUGGUGAGGAGGAGUAUUCCCUGGAUGGGGGGAAAAAGUCACUGGACCCUGAGAAGCCGUUGUCCAUUGUGACAUCCCCUGUGGAUCUAACUCACAUCCUUUCUAGCAAGCAGGGUGCUGCCUCCAGUCCUCUUCUUCACCUGAGGCCCAAGGACUACCUAACAGGAAGUGGCCAAGAUUCUUCACAUCUCAUCUUGGUGACCUUUGAAAGAAAGGUUACCUCUACCAAAAAAGUGAGCAUUCCAGGCAUUCUGGUUCCUGAUAUAAUGGCUUUUGACCCCAAAACUCAAACUGUAUCAGUUGCCUCCAACACUUGCAAUGUUAUUUUAGUCUAUUCACUGACUUCAUCGAAUUUACCCAAUAUUCAACAAAUUCAGCUAGAGAAAAAUGAGAAACCAAAGGGUCUGUGCUUCUUGACCAAUAAAUUGUUACUGAUACUGGUUGGAAGACAAAAAUUCACUGACCCUGCAUUCCUUCCCUCCUCAAGAUCAGACAAGUACAUGAUCCGAUUGAUGAUUAAGGAACUCAUCUUGGAAAUGGGUCCUUCGGCAUCCGCGCCAGCCAGUGCGAGUUCCAGUUUGAACCUUUCCAACGUCCCUCAUGAUCUCCCUGCAGAUGGUCACCCUCUCAGCCCUGGACUCUUGAUCCCAGAUCGUGCUGCCAUUCAGUCCCCUACCAGCAGAAGGAAACUCAUUGAAGAAAUUAAGAGUCCUGUGUAUGAGCAAAGUUCGUCGUUGAACAUGAGUGACCUCAAGGAUAGAAGGACCUCCAUGAAUUGUUCUCCAGCUGCCGAGUCUCUCGGUGCUGACCUAGUUCAUCGGGCUGGGCCACUCCCUGCCACAUCACUGGCCUUUUCUAACAAGCCAACAUCUCCAAAAAGGCAGGCGGAUGCAGCUUUCAAAAUACCAAACUCUUACAAGAAUAACCUCUUCACUGAAAAGGAGACGAGUUACUUUUCAAAAAAUGUAGAAAAACUGACGGGUAACUUCACCGACCUGCAGCAUCAACUCCGUGAAUUAACUGAGCUGCUAAAAUCUAGGAAGAGAAAUAUUCCAGUGUACCCAUCUUUUCAGGAACCCUCUUUUGUUAACAUCACCUGCCAGAAGCAGCUUUCCAGAAGUGAUUCAGAUGAAAGGAGAGCUGUUAUUCUUUGUGGUGGUAGACUCCAUCUCAACACAGUCCAGCAGAUAUUCAAUCUCUCCCUUGUAGAAAUGCAACACGGUCCAUCCUGGAUUGUCCUCACAGCAGACAGCGAGGGCUUCGUCCCGUUGACGUUCGCACCCGCGCAGGAGGUCGUUGUAAGAGAUGCCAGCACCAGAGGCUACGGCGCCCGCUCCUCCAAAACGUUGGACAUCAUCAGCUCCACAGAAAGGUGCAGACCCACUUCUUCUGAAAGCCUGGAUAUCACGAGUUCUUUGGAAGUCCUCAGAGACUGCUCUUCCAAGACCUUAGACAGCAGCAGUCCUCCAGAACAAGCCCAGCAGUAACACGUGAUUUUUGACAGUGGAUUUUGUCGUGGCUGUCUUACCACUCACUGUGUAGGACUGCAAAUUCUGAACAGUCCAUCAUGUUUUUGUUGCAUAUCACUGUAAAUUAUUUGGUCCUUGGAAACAUUAACUUGGUUUUAUAUUGAGCAGUGUUGUUUUUUUUUUAAUAUGCCUGUUGCACUAUAGGCUGGGUCUUUGUAUCAGUGAGUGAAAACACGUGUUCUCACAAGCUUCUGAGCUGAAGUUCCCAUCUUGGUCUGUAAUAUGUUGGUGGCUUUAGAUGAUAGUAAACCUGCAUAAUAAAGCAAUCCUUGAAGGUG